UGUUUUAGUUGUCCUGCAGGUGGAUAAAGUAACCACCGCAUGGGAGUUAGUCUGCCACCACCAAGGUUAGUCAUUAACCUUGCCUUCCCAGUCACCCAGGGCACCGAAGAAAGCGGACAGCACUCUGUCCGAGGCAUGCUGCCGCUCAGCCGUCACAUCUUACCAUGGGCGACCGCAACCACUGUGCACACGAGCGGGCUUCGUGCGUAGAGGACGGCGUGACUGUCGUGUUUCACAGAGUUGACAGCCGUGGCACAAACAGCAGCGACGACGACGACGAGAGUGGCGAUGAUGAGCGGACGGCUGCGAGGAUCCACUUGCAGAGUAACUGCAGCCAUGUGUCGCGUGACCACGGCGACGAUGCUGAGGAGGCGAGAAGGGGCGAGGAUUCGCCGGAAGGCAGCGAGAAAAAAACGCUUUGCCCGUCGGUGUUUUGCGUCAGAGGCAGGCUCGCUACCCGAGACGGAAACGCGGGUGAAGACUCCGAGAAACCAAAGACAUGUCCAGGUCUUGGUUUGUUCUAUGCUUUGCUGUCCACAGUUUUCUUCUCCAUCAUUGCGCUCUUGGUGAAAACCAUCCAGGGAGUCCACGCCAUAGAGAUCAGCGCCAUACGCUGCUUCUUCCAGAUGCUCUUUACUUUGCCGCUACUCAUCUACCACAAGACAGGCUUCCUUGGUCCCAGAGACAAACGCAUUCAUCUGGUGCUUCGGGGUUUUAUUGGUUCCAAUGCCAUGAUCCUGCUCUACUAUGCUGUUCAGCAGAUGCCGCUCGCGGACGCCACAGUCAUCAUGUUCAGUAAUCCGGUCUUUACUUCCCUCCUGGCCUGGAUCUUCCUGAAGGAGAGGUGCACAAUCUGGGACUGUGUCUUCACUGUCUUCACCAUCAGUGGAGUCCUCCUCAUCGCCCGACCACCAUUCCUCUUUGGCGAGCAUCGGCGUGGCAUUGAGGGCAACUACGGCAACCACAUCAAGGGGACUAUCGCUGCCUUUGCAGGAGCUAUUGGGGCUUCUUGUACAUUUGUUGUCCUUCGCAAGAUGGGGAAGAGCGUCCAUUACUACCUCUCUGUCUGGUACUACGCUGUCAUCGGUUUCAUCGAGUGCAUCAUCAUUUUAUCCGUCCUUGGGGAGUGGAAGAUCCCGUACUGUGGCCGCGAUCGCUGGCUGCUGAUGCUGACUGCUGUCCUGGGUAUCGCCGGCCAGACCUUCCUCACAAAGGCCCUGCAGAUUGAGAAGGCCGGACCCGUGGCCCUGAUGAGGACCAUCGAUGUGGUGCUGGCGUUCAUUUUCCAAUUUAUUUUCUUCAACCGCGCGCCGACCAUGUGGAGCCUGGGAGGGGCACUGUGCGUAGUGCUGAGCACUAGUGGAGUAGCAUUUCAGAAGUGGUACAGCAACUCUUGCAAGAGCUGAGAAUGAGAAGCAACAAAGGAUGAUUUGGUAUUAAUAUUGAUACUUUUUUCAUUAUUAUAUGUUAUUCUGUAUUUUACUUGUUACCUACAUGGAAACCUGUGAGGAGGUUUGAAAAUACAAAUAUAGGAGGAUAAUCUAGCGGGGUCAGUUAGGAGUUCUAGGGAGGAAAAACUGUUGCUGCCCGCAAACAAUAUCACGCUCCCUGGAGCCUGAGCAGCUAACGAACCGCUUACUCAACACAGAUUUCCUGUUUUCUCCUCAAUAACACGUAUACUACAUAAAUGGGACUGAAGGUGGAAUUUCACCACAAUGAGACAGUUUUACGAAGGAUAUCCUCAGUCCCAUUUCACGUCUGCUUUAAAAUAGCCAAAGAGAGAGGUUUACUGCAUUGGGAUCACCCCUACUGUGUUACAUUACUUGGCAAUAAUGGUAUACUGGAAAAAAAAGAACACUACAUAUUUUAUUUUAUUGUGGUACGCACUAGGCACUAUGGACUGCAAAAAAUACUAAUGAUGCUAACGAUACAACUAGGAUCACUCUGUUUCUAAGAAAAGGAAAUGUAAAGCAAACCAAAAAAAGCUGUAUUAGCACUUUACAAACACACAAAACAUGUUUAUUAGAAAGACAACAACAAGAAAAGAUGAAAAUAAAAUCCCCAAAAUCGCUCAGAAAAAACAACAACCUUUUACUUGAAAACAGCUGUAUGAUUCACUCAGGGAUCUCUCGUCUAACUGCUUAUAAUGAUAUAAUAAUGCCCAAAUAUGAAUCGCACCUAAAUCCACCACAAUCCAUGACAAAUGUUGUCCUUUGUGGUUUUAUUUUCCUUCUGUCACCCCCGUCUCCUCUUAUACAACAAGAUAAUAAGCUAAUAUCCAUUAUUAUCUCAUCUUUGAAGUGCCUUAAGCAGGAGGACCUUUAACCUCCAGCUUCCCCCAGUGGAGCUGCUCAGGUACCAGCAACUUGUUCUGGCAGCUCUCAGGUGUGAUUGUGCAUAGUUAUGAAUAUGAAGUAGGAUGCUUCUGAAAAAAAGUCAACUCAAUAACUCGUGAUUUUUAAGAUCAAGUCGAACAGAGUUUUUAAUGAGGCACCUGAGGCAUGAAUGUUAUCCCCACCCUGAUUCCUUCAUUAUCUCAGGAGGAGUGAACUCUUCACAUGUUGGCUGGCACUUAAUGUCUUAUCUGUCAUCUCAUUAAUGUUCUCCGCAUUCUAAAAAUAUGUUUUCCACGAGGCUCAAAGAGGCUUGUUGUUUGCACUUUGUCGCUGCUAGAGGGUAAGCUGCCACUAUAAUUCAACAAAUGAAGUGAGCAUCCAACGAGGAUUGCUCGAUGAUAACCUCCUCCUAGAGAGGAAAAAUGAGAGACAACACUAUAUAAACUACACUGCUGUGUUUUGUCCUUUGUUACUAAAAUGUCUCCUUGUGUAUGACUGUCCUCAGCUGGAUUGAGAAUCAAAGGUGAUCAGUUUGUUGUUGUUUGCAGAAAAAAAGAGAAAUACCUUUUUAUUUCAAGGGAUGUGGAUUUCUAGCACUGCAGCCUGUCUUUGUGUCUGGUAUAAAUCAUAGUGUUUUUUAGCAUUUAGCAAGGGGUUCACAGUACAACAGGCGGUCCGCUGUUGUGGGAAUGUUUAAUUGGGUGAAAUACAGCCAGAAAAGGAAGGCAAUAGUGCUGCUGGCCUGCUAUUUAAUAUCCUGCAGUUUCGUCCUUUCACAUCUUGUUGUUUCUAGUCUCUCAAAACAAGGAUUCCAAGAAGAAUAUUUAAACUAACAAUGAACGUCUCUCUGCUGGAGAGCGUCCUAUGAGCACUUAUUUGUUGUGGUUAUUAUGAUUACAACUGAUAUUAUAUUUUAUUACCAAUACUUAUGAAUACAAAUGUAUAUCAGUUCGUUAAAUUCGGGUCCCACCUAUUUGUUUUAAAGAGUUGAAUAUAGUUAUGUGAUUCAUUGUACAACACGAGAUAUGAUUAAUCUGUCAUGUGAUGAGCUGUGACAUCAUUCAAAGUGUGCAAUUGAUAAAAUCACACAUGUUCCCAGUAUUCUACUUUAGUGUGGAGGAAGAAAAUGUGAAGGCACUGUGACAUUUAUAAAUAAAGAAGUCAUUGUUGGUAGUGCUGUAGACUGUUAUGUUCACUUAAGAUGUUGAGACUUUUACGUUCUUCUUUCUUGAUUUGCAUUGAUGUUGAGUUUUACCUCAGCAUAUUCAUUUCAUUGACUUGAAUGCUAGUAGCCUAUGCACAAUAUGUUGUAUUUCCAUCAAAUGGUUAACAAAAAAAUUAUUUCAGGACCUGUAAGCCUUACAAAAAAAAAGCUGUUUUGGGGUUUUUAAACUAUGCUUUAAUAGUAUUUAUUUUACUAUUUCUGUAAUGUACUACAUCAACAUAUUCUGUAAGAUGUGUAUAUUUCUGCAUAGUGAUUGAUUAUAUUUAAUAUACUAUGAUUUGAUAAUAAAUAUGAAUAU